ACGUGCAAUCUUGAAUUCAGCUCUACACUCACACUGCAUUCACUGCUGGGGAUCUUGUUAUCCCGCAGAGCAGCGCAGCCCAGCAGAGCCCAGCCCAGCCUAGAUCACGCAGUCGCCGACUCGGAGUCGAGAGCCCUGCGCACCCUUAGCUGGCAGCGUACGGAGAUCGGCGCGGCUCACUGCGGACCCCGUCAGACCCAGUCAGACUUGCAUGGAUCGACAAAGCAGCCCGCUGCUACAGGAACAACACCGCGCCGCCCACACUGACACCCGCCGGAUCUUCUGAGACAUGCACUUGCCAUGUCAUUCAAGAAGGAAACACCUCUUGCCAAUGCUGUUUUCUGGGCUGCAAGAAAAGGAAACUUGGCUGUCCUUCAGCUGCUAUUAAACAGCGGACGAGUUGACGUGGACUGCAAGGAUAAUACAGGCACCACUACGCUAAUGGUUGCAUCAUACAGUGGACACACAGAUUGUGUACGAGAGCUGAUCUUACAAGGAGCGGAUAUCAAUCUGCAGAGAGAGACUGGUUCCACCUCAUUGUUCUUUGCAGCACAACAAGGAAAUAAUGACAUUGUGAAACUGCUGUUUGAGUAUGGUGCUUCUACUGAGUUCCAAACCAAGGAAGGUGGAACUGCAUUAUCAGCUGCUUGUCAAUACGGUCACUCUACUGUGGUGGAGACAUUGCUGAAAAAUGGUGCUAAUGUUCAUGAUGAACUACAUGAUGGUGCUACUCCUCUUUUUCUUGCCGCACAGGAAGGUCAUGUAACUAUAGUACGUCAGCUUUUAGCAAGUGGUGCCAGAGUAAACCAGCCUCGGGUGGAUGGGACAGCUCCAUUGUGGAUGGCAGCACAGAUGGGACACAGUGAAGUAGUGAAGAUACUAUUACUUCGAGGUGCUGACCGAGAUGCAGACAGAAAAGAUGGAUCAACGCCCUUGUUCAAGGCUGCAUACAAAGGACACAAUGAUGUCAUAGAAGAACUUCUCAAAUUCUCUCCAUCACUUGGCCUUUUAAAGAAUGGCUCAACAGCCCUCCAUGCUGCCGUUCUGGGAGGAAAUGUAAGAUCAGUGGUCCUAUUACUAGAAGCUGGAGCCGAUGUCACACUGAGGAAUAAGGAUAAUGAAACUGCAGCGGAUCUUACAAAAAAUGAGCGGAUCCUCAGAGUUUUACGGACAAAAGGAGCACGUAAAAGCAACUGAAAGGACCAGUGAGCUCAACAGCUAAUAAAAAGACAGAGAAUUUCCAAAGGAGACCCUACUAAACACUUGAAAGAGAAGAUUUUGGUGCCUGCAUUAUUUUAUAGAAGGGUGGCAUUUACAAAAAUAGCCAUAGAAUACAAAAACAGGUAAAAGCAAUAAAAGUCCAGAAAGUCAGCUUUCUGUACAUAAAUCUUCUUUCUUUCUUAAUGCCUUCCUCCACCACAGCUGUAUUUUUAAAACACAGAGUGGAGUUUCUACAGAAAUGUACAUGAGCUGACCAAUAAUCACAUAAAGGGCUGCACCUCAAGAAAAUGCAGGUUAUAUGGAACAUAUACAUUUCUGGAGAUGUAUUGUUUCACUUGUAUCUUUGGAUGGAAAACAUCACCGUUAAAAUUAAUCUUUUCUUUAAAAGAUUUCAGUUUUUGCUUGACUACUCAAGUAAAUCUUUUCAGUUUAUGCUUGCUUCUAUCUUAGGUAUUUUUGAGCAUUUUAACAUUGAAAAAAGAACAUGCUGCAUCCAGCAGAUAUAUAUAAAAUAUAAUAAGGCAUAUAGUUCAACUAUUAUGGGACAAACAAAUCUGAUAUUAUUUGUCUUGAUUUCAGCCAUUGCAAACUAUCUAUCCUGUAUAUAUACAGUAUACACACAAAGACUUUUCAAUUUAUUAGGUACAUCUGUCUAGUAGCAUAUUAUGCCUCCUUUUGGCAUUUAGAUUUCCAUUAAUUUUUCUUGCCAUGGAUUCUACAAAAUACUGAAGUUGUUAUUCAGGAAUUUCAACAGCUGCACAAUCUUGCUGCAAACAGCCCUUUCCUCUUCAUCCCAAACAUGCUCAAUAAGCUGAGAUCUGGGGAUUCUGCCAGUCACUGAAGCCAUGAAAACUUGCAGUCAGUUCCUCGAAUCAUUCACUGAUACGUGCCUUGUGUCAGGGUACAUUAUCAUUCUGGAAGUUUAAUUUGAAAGUGGAUAAACUGUAGACAUGAAGGAAUUAACUUGGUCAGGAAUGAUGUUAAGAUGCACUCUGCCAUUAAUACAUUCUUAAUUGGGUUUCAGGAGCCCUUCUGUGUGCCAUGAAAACAUUCUCCACUCCAUCACACUGCCACCACCGGCUUGUACUGUUGACAUCAACCAACUGACAUCAACAAACUGAGAACCUUCCAUCAGCAUGAUGAAAAAAGAACCUGGAUUUGUCCAACCAAGCAACUUUUUUCCACCUUUUAAUAGUCCGGUUUUGAUGCUUCUGUACCCAUAGGAGAUGUGCUCUCUUUUUUUUUCCAGACAACACUGGCAUUCAUCAUGGUCUUCGAGUGUUGUGGCCCAUUUGAUACAAAGUCCAAUAAGUAGUGCAUUCAGAGAUGACAUUCCACACAGAAGUGGUGAAUUGGCCUGAGUGGGGCUUGUCUGUUUGUUUGUAUGUAAUGUUUGAUCCAUCACAGAAAAUGCAAAUUACUCAAGAGUUUAUUAAACUUGAUACAAGAAGGAAUUAAGUACUAAGCAGUUACCAUUGCUAUGCAAAAUUCAUAUAUUUUGUGUACUCAUCUGUCCAUCCAUUCACUGAAACAGCUUAGUGUCAUUUAUAUCCUAUCACUCCAAAAGAAAGAGAUUAACAUAUACAUACUGUAUUCUUAUUGCUGAAUUAUAACUUUAAAUUACUUUAUUAAUACCCUAAGUGUAAGUGUCAUUUUAUAAUGACAGUCCAUCUACUUUCUGCAGGUAACAAGAAAAAGAUAUUGUUUCUUUAUGGAUUGUGUCUUUGCAAAAUGUUUACUACACAAACAGCAUCAGAUGUAGUCACAAGACAAAUCCUUAAAUGAGAUCAAAGGUUGACACUAGCCUGAUUAUUGGGAGCAAAGUUUUAGCAGCUGGGUAACAAAACCAUCAAUAAUGUUCAACACAUCAUUUUUUAACACAUUAUUGUGUGUAUGUGAACUAUAUAUGUGUAUGUAUAUAUUUACUGGGCGGCA